AUGAGGAAUCUCCUCCUUGCCGUGCUCCUGGCUUGUGGGCUGCUCCCGGCCGGCACCAGCGUCCUGCAGCUGGAGCGGAUGAUCCGGGCGGCCACGGGCAGGAGCGCCCUGCUGUCCUACAGCUGGUACGGCUGCUUCUGCGGCAUCGGGGGCUCCGGGACCCCCGUGGAUGCCACCGACCGAUGCUGCCAAGCCCACGACUGCUGCUACAGGAGGCUGAGGGAGGGCGGGUGCAGCCCCCUGAUCACCCCGUACAGCUUCACCUCCAGCGACGGGCACAUCACCUGCAGUAACGAGCAGAGCUGGUGCGAGAGAGAGACCUGCCUGUGUGACACCGCGGUGGCCUCGUGCUUCGCGAGCACCCUGCACUCCUACAACAAUUCCUACCGCUUCUACUUCAAGCUCAAAUGCCAAGGCAGCAAGCUCCAGUGCUGAGGAGGGCCAAUCUGCACACAGAGUUCCAGAUUUUGGCUGCUUUCACCCAGCAAGAAAAGCUUGGGUUGGGGGCUCAGUAAAGGCAGA